ACGAGAACAGUGGCCUUUAUUUUCAAGUUACGCAUGCUGGCAGCAGUUAGUUACUGAAACGAAAAAUUUAAGCAGAGAUCAUGCUGCAUUGGCCGAAGUUUACUCCACACAUUUGGUAUCUCGAUUAUCACAGGUCAUGGAAGACGUUCAGAGAAUCUAUAAGAGGUGUCGUGAAAUAGGAUAUGAGACGCACGAAGAAAUACUCCGAGUAUUGCACGAGUUGCACACAACUAUGAAAACAUAUCACAGUUAUCAAGCCGAGCUUCGUCAGGCUGAAGCAAAAUUGAGAACGGCUGAAAUGCAACGAACCAAGCUGGAACAGUCAACCGCACAAGAUAAAUUGGAACGCUCAAAAAAAUAUAAGCUGGUAGAGAAAGAAGUCACAAAGAGACGAAAUAAAUACACCGAUGUGAAACUGAAAGCACUUAAAGCCCGAAACGAAUAUAUUUUAUGCCUGGAAGCAUCCAACACGACCAUACACAAGUACUUUGUAGACGACUUAUCUGAUCUCAUAGACUGCAUGGAUUUUGGUUUCCACAACUGUAUUUCACGAGCGUUAUUGAUGCAUGUAUCUGCUGAAGAAGGUAGACAAAAGUCGCUACAAAAUGACUUGGAUACAUUAACAGCCUGCAUCAACUCAUUAGAUUCCCGGCUCGAUAAACAAAGAUUUUUAGAAUAUAAUCAUGCUGCAUUUAUGAUCCCCAAAAAGUUGGAAUUCCAAGGACAGAAGACUGAUGAACCUCCAGAACCCGGAAUCCAAGGUAUUCUCCAUAGAGAAAUGGAAUCCAGGCUCGGACAACUUCAACAAAGAGUUACGUCGCUUAGGGCAGAAUCAGAAGAAGUUUGGAAAACUUUGGAAACGACUGAGAGUACAUUACUAGAAAUGUUAAGUGCCAAGGAUUAUGACUGUACUGGAUACUUUGGAGAAACCUCAAUGCCAGCUAGUAAACCCCCUGAGACUGUUUCUAUAAAACUUAGAGCUGAUCGACAAGAGACUGAAGAAUUUUAUUUGAUGAAGUUCAGAGAAUAUUUGUUAGGAACUACAAAAAUCUCCCAAUUAGAAACUAAGCAAGAAUUUAUAUCUCGAAUGAGGGAACUGAUGAUGAGCCUACCUCGUGCAGUGAUGGUGGUGCUAAGAUAUUUAUUUGCGUUCCUGAACCAUCUUUCAGAAUAUUCUGACGAGAACAUGAUGGAUCCUUACAACUUGGCUAUAUGUUUUGGCCCUACUUUAGUACCUGUACCAGAAGAUAAGGACCAAGUUCAAUACCAGAACCAAGUCAAUGAGCUCAUAAAGAACAUCAUCAUGUUCAAUGAAGAUAUAUUUCCGAAUGAUGGGGGGACUGUUUAUGAAAAAUAUAUCUCUCCAAAUUCUGAGGACCAUGACGUCGGUGAUUCUCCUGACCAAACUCAAGAAGAUUUGGAUUCUGAAGUGUAUCCUUCAGAAGAUGAUUCUGAAAAUGUGGAAGCCACAGCUCAAUUCGAUUUUAUUGCAAGAUCUGAUAGAGAGUUAUCUUUGAAAAGGGGGGACUCUGUUACAUUGUAUUCGCAAGUGUCAAAUGAUUGGUGGAGAGGUGCCGUUAAAGGACAAGAAGGACUUAUUCCAGAUAAAUAUAUUUCGUUGAAAAUGAAGGAUGACGAUAAAGAAAAACUGAGCAUCAUAAAGUCUAGCUCCUCUGAAGAGUCUGUGCGACGAAGGGCCUCUAGCUCCAAUGACUCAAUGCUAUCGGAAAGUUCCGCAUCGGUUAGUAAUUUGAACUCGCCUAUAGUACCGUACCUUCCAAUUAAUUGGUCAAAAGUGGCUGAAUCAGUUGAAGCACGAGAGAUCGAAGUGAAACCUCCAAUACUCAUUAAAGGUAGUGUUCCUGCAACUGCUCCCAUUGCCUACCCUGAUAAGACUAAACAGCAAGUUACCGUUCAACAAGAAACUAACAAUAGUCAAAAUGUCAUCAUAGACAAAAAAGUUAACGCAAACACUGAUUCGAAGACAAAACUGGAUGGCUUAGAUACUGCUGCUAAACAAUCCGAAAUUGACGAAUCUAAUGUUAAUUUUUCCCAAAACCGAGAAUUGUGGCAGAGAAGGGCCAUCUUAGAAUCUACGCUCUCUUCCCCAGUUUUAAAAGCGCACAGACUGUCUGAACCAUAUAUUCACAGACAAAAUCAUACUCCUGAUUUAGUGAUGGAUCUUCCUCUUGUUGGUAACUCCAGCCCCAAAGAGCAGUUGACCAAGUCACUAUCAUUAUUGGGCAGUAUUUAUCCAGACAACUCUCCAGAUAAGGAUGUGAACCCUGUCACCUCUCUGGAAGCUGCAGGAGGUGACAGUCCAGAUAUGCAGACUGCUGCUGAGACUUUUGCCAAACAAAAUCAAUGCACGCUCAAGAAAAAUAAAAAAAGUCACUUGCCUGAAGCAGCUGAGUAUGUAGCCAUCACAAGUCCUAUGCCUGAAAGGAAAUAUGCUACAUUAGAUAGCAAUAGCACAACCUCAACGUUCAAGCCACAAGUCGAAUCUAAACCAUUGUUGCUCAAGAAACCGGUAUUUUCUGUGCCAUUACGGUCUGUGUCCAUUGAGAUGAUGUGCAAAGACCCACCAGAUCUUCCAACCUAAGCUCAUAUCUCCCAAAAACCAAUUAUUUGGUGGUAUUUUCUUGUUCUAUUUAUGUGAUUGUCUUUGUUGAUUAUUUGGGUGCUUACUACCUCUAGGAUAACAGUAGAAUGUUAAGUUCUAGUACAAAAUCGUUCGAUUACAACCAAUAAAAUUCAGGCCAUCCGAGAGCUACCAAGUUUGUAUAUUUAUUUAUUUCAUUCAACAAACUACUUAACUUUGCUGAAUUGCUGAUCCAAAUUAUCUACCAAAUUGAAUGUGUCAUAUUUUGGUAAUAAUACGGCGAUGAAAAAUUUCUAUACUUAUUUUCGUAUGAUUUCAUAAUUAUUGUCUAUUUUCUUAUUUGGAAAGUCUAGUGUUUUCAGAAUGUUUUCAGGCUGAAUCUGCUGAAAUGAUUGGUACAUUUGGACAGCAUUUCAAUCAUUUACGAUGUGGCUACUGCUCUAAAUAAUCUAACCUUUCAAUUACUGCUGUUAGUUUUGAAAUUCACCAAAAAUUAACGCUUUAUCACGAUUUUGGGUCAAUUUCGUAAAAUUGCAAUGUGAAAUAAUCAGUUUGUUUGAAGGUGGUUGACAAUGUUUCAUGGGGAAUUUGAUUA